UGUCAUCACAAAAGAUGAUUUACUGUAUAGUUGACAAUAAGACUAGGUUAAAUAAAUUAUUACUAAAGAGCCUGCACUUUGCAUUUAGAUGGAAUGUGAAUCAAUCACGUGCCACCGAUUCAUGAGGAAUGUGGACUUAAAAUGAGAGAAUGGGAUGGGAUACUUGCGAAGGUGUAAGCGUGUCCAUGCCGUUAAUGUCAUAUGUUAAAGUCAACCUGACAAGUGAAACGUCCAAGAUUCGUCCACAACUACAAAAAUAGUUGAUUUCAAAUUUGCUACUUAAUUUUUAACAUAUAUGUUGAGUUUCCACGUCGCCUACCAGCACUGAGGAUGCAGCACCAAUACUGGGUAACAAAAAAGAGCGUUUUGCGAAAAUUGGGUGGUAAAGAGGACGAAUGUAUAAUCUCUUCAGACGCAGAACUAGACGCAAAAUUGGAGCUAUUUAAAUCCAUAAAUGAUAGCUGCAACCACUUACAAAGAAUUUUGGAUUCGUACCAGGAACGUCUGUGCUACUUGGCCCAAGAAGAAAACACUCUAGGAAGGUAUCUUAAAGAUUGCGGGAAGAAUGAGAAAAACUCUAGUGCUGGUCAAAUCAUGGCCUGUGCAGGAAAGGCAUUGGCUUAUAUGGGUCACCAAAGGCUUACAGAAAGACCUCCAUUAGUCAGAUUGCACCAUGAAGUUGAAACUUUCAGGGCAAGAGCUGUUACUGAUACUAGGGCCACUGUCUCUGAGAUGGAGAAAAUCAGAACUGAAUAUAGAGCGGCCUUGAGUUGGAUGAAAUCAGCUUCAGCCCAAUUAGAUCCUGAUACUGGUCAUGGCCUUGAAAAGUUCAGAAAAGCUCAAUCUUAUGUGAAAUCCACCAAAGUAAAAUUUGAUCGUUUGACACUAGCUUGCCUUCAGAAGAUUGAUCUUCUUGCUGCUGCCAGGUGCAACAUGUUCUCACAUGCUUUGGUGCCAUACCAGAAUGCUUUAAUAAAUUUCUCUACCAAAGCUGCUGAAACACUGGACUUAGCAGCAGGAAAAAUUGGUAGCAUUCAACCAAGUGAUGGCAGUUCAAUCUUUGAGUUAGCUGCAGGAUCUGAGGGAGACAAAUCUGGUGACAAGGAUAAGAAUACUUUCUUCAAUGCAGAGUAUGCAGAUGAAAAGAAAGAUGAAGCCAAAUAUAAAGAGAAUCCUGAACAUAGCUCUGAAUCUGAACAAACAGAAGUAGCGAAUCUUCUGCAAGGCGACUUUGCUGCACCAACAGAACAGCAACUUGAAGCUGCAGAUUUAUCAAAGCCUAGCUCAGCUUUGUUGGAUUUGAACUGGUCCGUUCAAUCAGACUUCAUGAAGGGCAAUUUUAUGCCGUCCAAAUUGAUGCAAGAAGAAGGAUUCAUGUUCAUGGAGACUCCAUUGGAGAAGGAAGCAAGCCAAAAAAGUGAGAAAAGUCCUGAUGUUAAAAGAGAUAAAAGUGACAAGCAGAUGUCUUGGUUGAGUUUGUUUGCCGAGUUGGAUCCACUGUCCAGUAAAGCGGGUCAGUCUGGAGAUACAGCGUAGGAGGAGUCUAUUGGACAUUUUUUUAACAUAUUCUCAUUGAAUAUACGAUUCAUGACCAGUAUUUUGAACAUUUCUGUAGGUAUAUUUAUGUAAUUACUAUUUUGUGAUUAAGCUGCAAAUGUCUCAUUGACUUUCCUAUUAUUUGUGAGUAAUUUAGAGUUAGUUUUUUCAAAAACAUCGUUUAUGAAAAUCAUUACGAUUAAUGUGGUCCAAUUACGCGUACUACAAAGGGUACUAUAACAGUUUUGCAAUACAGCUUUAUUUAUUGACUUUGUUCAGAGUAAUUUCCACCACAUUCAAUACAUCAAAACCAGUCCUUAAACCAUCUCUGCCAAGUUUUACCCGGGAGUGCGGCACACUCUUGUCCCAAGCCCUCAGAAGCUCCUCAUCGCUAGAAAACCGUUUGCCUUUUAGCUUCAUUUUCACAUGCGGAAACAGUGCAAAGUCGCAGGGAGCAAGAUCCGGACUGUAAGGAGAAUGCUUAAUAAGUUUCAGUCCAGUAGUGGUCAAAUACUCCGUGCAGGCUUUGGCACGGUGAGCUGGAGCGAUAACUGGUGGAGGUAGCAAGUGUCCAUUCUUAAAUUUGGCCGCAGGUUUUCCAUAGACUCUAUGACUAGACAGGCACUGUUCCGAGUACCACUCAGCUAUGACUGUCUUCUGUGGGGUCCAAAACGACAUGCCCCACAAUCCCGCUCGAUUUGAAAAAUACAGCGAUCAUUUUUUUUUCCUUAAAAGAUCGGGAUUUCCUGACAGCUACGGGUGUGUCCUCGUCAUCAAAGACCCAAACUUUGUUUUGAGCCUUGGUCGGCACAUCGUAAUAAUAGAGCCAAGUCUCGUCACCUGUCACGAUGCUGUUCACAUACCGAGAUUGCCUCUUAUCAAUCAUUUUCAACGUCUUUCGGCACAAAAUCGUACGAGUCUUGCAUUCCCGUCAGACUUUGCGGUACCCAGAAAGAACAAAGUUUCCUUACGUGUAAAUGGUCAUGCAGAAUUGAAUAAGUUGCUGGUGCAUUAAGGUGUAAGGUCUCGUCUAUGUAUGUCACUCUCCGGUUUUCGUCAAGCAUUUUCCUCACAGCAGUAAUGUUUUCCUCUGUUACUGACGUUCGCGGCAUUCCUUUCCUCCCUGCGUCGUCCAGAGUGAAAUUGCCCCUUUGGAAUUCUCUAUACCAGCUGAAUAUAGUGGUACAAUGAGGACAAUCAUUCUUUAAGGCAAGCGUCAUUUCUUCUAAGCAGUGGUCAAUGCUUAAACUACGCGUAAAGUUAUACCGUAAAACUGCCAUUAUCUCACUACGUGACAACGAUGCCAUAGUCCGCACUUUACAUUGUCAAUACGAAUAAACAACUAAAUCAACAGACGUGCUGCUGGCGUUAUAUUUCAAAACUAGUGCCCUUUGUAUAAUGGAGAUAACCUGAUAAAGUUCACUGGUUUUAUUUGCUCCUCCUAAAAAGUACCUGUAAAUGAAUCACUUGUUACAGAAUUUUAGGUAUUACAGAAUAACAUGUGCAACGAUUUUUCGGAAGAAUUAUUUUCUUUUCUGAAAGCAUUCCAUAAAUGUAUUCCUUUUUCCCAUAUAUCAUCAUCAAGGCUAUGUCUGGUAUUGAUAGGCCAUGGGCCUACAAUAUUUAUGGGGGAGCUGUAAGCAUAGAAAUGUGCACAUUCUGGUCCCAUCACACUUUCAAGAUCCAUAGUAUAGCAUUAAUUUGACCAACUGAGAACCAUCUACCGCUUAAAAGAACAAUAUGGAUUUUACAGCGAUGUACAUACAGGCAUGAUAAUUGGUUUGUUAUUAUAUUUCCAACAAUUAGACAUUGCCCAAAAGUGUUUUGGCAUGGAUAAGUUAGCCCAUCUGCUAUCAAGUUUACCGUUAAUUCCAGUAUUAGACAAAAAACUCUAAAAGGAAAUUGAACAUCUGCAGCUAUACUAGCAAUGUAGAUGUGUGGCACAGAUGUAUUGUCGAGUCACGGUUCCCAGCUGAUUAAUUUAUUUUUUUUAUUUUGUUAAUCCUAAAAUUGACCGAACAAAAAGUGUCUCUAAAAUAUUGUUUUGUUAUUAAUAUAGUUUUGCUGGAAUUUGACUGUAAUCUGAAAUGAACAUGCCAGUUGUACUGGGGUGAACUUUAAGUAAAUUACUUAUUUGAUUUGAAUAUGAAACAAUGUACUGCCUAAAAUGCUCUCUAAGGCGCGGUCACACAAUACUUUGUACAUUGUAACUUAAUUUUGUCUUGUCUAUCCAAAUUUGUAUGUACUUGGAAACACCUUUUGUACCCCAUAACAAUUUAUUGCAAUUUUAUUUUAGUACCAAAGAUGUUUAAUUGAUACCAAAGAAUACAUAUAUACUUUUAGAAUAUUUUCGUAUUUUCUUGCAUUCAUCUGUUUUUAGAUGUGAUUUGUGUACUUAUCUCGUACUUCUAUGUGAAAUAUUUUAUUGCUUAAAUCAAAUAUAUGACGAAUUGUAAUAUAAUAAACCAUAUUUGCAAACAUUCUAGUAUGGUUUGUAAAAUACACUGUAAAAUUAAUAAAC